AUGCAGUCCAGGUUCCAGGCAUGGGAGGUACAGUCGGUUGACCAGGGUAGCCCCCCAGACAUUGAUGGAGGAUUUCCAGAGAGCGGUGACUUCGUCCCAGAGUACAUGGUGCAUAAGAACUCUCUGGGGUACUUUGGCGGAUACGAGGACGUCGAUGCAUACCUUCAGUCCCGUUCCCGCUGGACGGGCGCGGUUCAGAAUAAAUGA